GAGUAUCGACUCUGGUGCUCACAAAAUAACUUCGUUUCGAUGAUAAAGGACGAUGUCGAGGCUCGAAAGGCUCAAGCAGCAACCCAGCAAGACCAGCAAACGCUGGACAGUCAUAUCCGCUCAACGCCACGGAGUUCGGUGAUCACCUACUCAGACGAGUCGUUCAAGGAGCUUGCUGUGAAGUGGCUGGUGAGGACAGAUCAGCCGCUUAGUGCGCUCGAACACCCAGCUUUCGUCGAUAUGAUAGAGAUGGCUGCCAAGGCC